CAUGGCUGCCGGCGUGGAGGAAAAAUCGUUCCGUCAGCUCGAAGAUGUGGGCUGUCCCGCCGAUAUUUUUGCAAUGAAAUGGAGUCCAAAGAUGGAUCUUAUUGCAAUAAUAACGGGAGAAGGUUCUGUGUGGCUAAACAGGCUCUCUUGGCAAAGGGUUUGGACUUUGCGUUCAUCUGACUACAAAGCUAUUUCGCUCGCGUGGCGCCCUGACGGCAAAGUACUAGCCUUGGGCUUGGAUAAUGGUAGAGUACAUUUAGUCAAUGUGGAAAACAGCGAAUGUCUUCACGAGUACGAAGUUGGGAGCAAACCCCAGUUUCUAGAUUGGGUGACAACCAAUCCCCCUCGCACCUCAACCCCCGGGGGGAACUCUGGUAUAUUUACCGAACAAGGUGACACUAUUCUACCCCGCUUACCCCACCUGUCUGGUGGAGGGUCAACUGCGUUGUCCGAAGGUAAAGCUCAUGAUGGACCGUGGGAUCCGAAGAGACUUAAAGAGCUCACCGGCACUUUGAGUUUUCUUGUCAUUGGUGACGAGAACGCCCUCGUUACGUUACUAGUUCACGGCCUGCUGCCAAUUGGCCGAGUAAAUGUGGGUAGUCUUGUUGAGUCUUCUCAGAGCUGCAGAAUCCUAAGCGCAUCAUUAGACGCACAGGUCCAAUUCCUAACAAUCGUUACACAAACGAGCAGUUCGUCAGAAUUUAAUGAUGGUGUCAUUUCUGUAGUUACCUUUGAUACAAAACUUUAUAGCUCACGAUCGGAAGAGCUCGAAGUACUAUCAUUGAAGUACGGCCAUAUUUCAAGCCUUUUGACAUAUUUGGACAGCACUUUUGCAGCUAUGUCUGAGGCCUGGGAGGACAUCUUACUAGAGAUAGAUUCGCAACUGGAGAAGUAUGCCGACAGUUUAGGCCCGGACACAAGCGUAUCUGAGGAAUUUCUUACGCUGUUUACAUGUGGUACCGCCAGUGCCGAGUUGCAAAUGUUCCUUGUUAAUGAUCUUACUGAGAAAGGUUCGUUCUGUGUUCAUCUUUUACCCCACUUGUUAAGGACACUGUCUUGAGCAUUAAUCUACUCUAUGUAAUAAGAAAUAUGCCAAAAUACACUGAUGCGAUAUAUUAAUAUUUCUGGUAAAUAUUGAUAUUUCAAAAAUUUCGAUAUUCUAUUUUUCUGCACUACUCUGAAUAAUAAUCCUAAUGGCACAUAUCAGCUCAGAUUUAAAAACAAAGUAUCAAAAUAUCACAGCUAACUCAAACUCACUGUUCUAUAGCAAAGGAAAGUCUAGACAAUAUGUUGAAUCAACAUAGUCCUGUUUGGAUUUACUUUAAGAAAAGUGAUGACCCUUUGUUUCAUAUCAUCGACAUUAUUGAUAAUUUUUUCGAUAUCAAUUUUUUUCAAUAUCAGCCAUACCCAAAUUCAUCUCCUCGUAUUAUUGUACUCUGUGUAAUUCCCUGAUUUGAUCAAAUCUCUGCUCUUAUUCAUUUACUGUAGGUUUAAAAAAGCUUGGUAAGACAGUUGAAAGCUCUUACUCAAACAUCCAGACUCUGGCUCUCAAAAACCUGCAAUCUGGAAGCAACGCUUUGCUCUAUCACCUAAAUGACCUCAUGGGCAUGGCAAAAUGGUACGAACGUUUUGGCAUCUUGGGUUUAUCCGAUAGAAUGGUCGCUGAAUGUUUAAAAAUUUUGGGAUCGCUUAUGCUAAAGACGCAAGAAUUGUUGGGCGUUAUCGAGAGUGCCUUGCAAAGUUUUAUAGCUUUUUUCAAAUGGUUAUAUCUUGUUAUCCUGCAGCUCUUAGAUGAAGAAGUGCCCAUAUUUGUUAAGCAGUUCAACCAAGAGGAUGUGUCGCUUGUUGCAGAGUUCCUGCAUUGUCAACUUGGACAGCAGGAAAAAGGGAAAACAAGGUUUAGUAUGGAAAGGGUUGGACAAUACUUAAAGAAAGAACCUUUGGUAUUUAAGGUCGACAAGUCAGAAAACAUUUGGGUAAAAUUUUUAGAAACAUGUCCCGAAUUAUGCAAUACCCCGUGUAUUUUCACAGUAGCCGCAGAGAAAUCUCUGGCAACCCUUCACGAUGAGCUAACAUCAAGUAUUAAGACAACGUUCGAGAAAUUAAUCCACGCUACCGAACAAGCAUUGUCGUGCAACCUCAGAAUACCACUGACCAUUUGUACUGCAGGCAAGCAAGAGGUUUCACAAAUUUCAAGCGAGGGUGGGUCACAUCACUGGAUUGCAAUAGCAAAUGGGGAAUCUGUCUCAGAGAAGUUGCACCUGGUUCGGUUAACUGCAGGAGAGACCGCCCCUGGAGUUCCGGUCACAGAAGGGGUGACCGUAGGCUUCCAAGGGUUGGUUAUGAAUGACGAUGGACAACCUAGGAUAAGUGUGGUUGAUUUUGGCUUUUAUGAUGAGACCACCCUUACCCUACUCUUACGUCGGGAAGGGACAGAUGAGGACAAUAGCUCGGACUUACUGACUCAAUUCAAGUUCUCAACUCUUGAAGACUCGCAGCUUAAGCGUUUGACAACCUCACAAGAUGCAAACUUCAACACAAUGCUCGUCAGUCUGGUGGAUGGUUCCGAUGCGGUUAUUCAACGUAGGAAUCUGGAACGAAUGAAAGCUGUUAAGGUGGCUGUAAGUGGGUCAAGGAAAGUCGCAUGCGUGCUGUCCACAUCUCGGACACGGGUUAAGCUCUUUGAUAUGAAUGCAGAUGAUGAAGAGGCCGAUGGUACUAUUGAUGAACUUCAGACAAGCACUAUGUCUACUGAUAGCGGAGUAUAAUCCGAGUGUCUUGCGCUAUACCCCAUCCACAUAUCAAACAGAAGUUGAUUUGUCUGGCUUAGCCAGGUGACACUAUACAUGAACUUCAGCAGACAAACUUGUGCUACAGUAUGUCUACAUUUUGUGAAGUGUACAAACUUUUAAAAGUUGUAACAAACCAAACAGACUUGUAGCAACGCUGUUUCAACAACUUACCAACAGGAUGUGUUCGCACUGCUUGUUGACAACUUGCUAUAAGGUUGUUGAGCUCAACACACUUGUUACAAGUUGUUCCAACAACUUGUUAUCGUUCUGCAAUUCAACAACUUGUCAACAAGUUGCGAGUUGACAAGCUGGCUAUACGAGCCUGUUGCGAACACAUCUUGUUGACAAGUUGUGAAAUUUUUACGUGUGUAGUGAGACCGCCUGGCUACCAUCUGGUUGACACGUCAUACUGUAGCAUUUCCAAGCUUGUUGCUAUGAAAUGUCAUGGCCUGAAGAAAGCGUACUUUACACACUUGUUCCACUAGAAUAGUACUUACUAACUUAAUACGCAUGUCUGUAGUUUUGUACGAAUAUUUUUCUAAUAUAUUCUUACAACACCGCGGAAAAACGUCUGCGCAUGCGUCAACCUUACCUGUAAUAGUAUUGCGAACUUGAUGAAAAGCUGUUCCGAACGUUUCCGAAGGCUCAAAAUGGCGGUAAAAAGGAGUGACCUCAUUGUGCGUCUUUACAGCCAGAUUUCGAGUGCAAAAAUAAACAUG